GGAAUGGACAUUCAAGCUUUUGAUUGCUGUCGGAAUGUUCUAUACAAGCUGCCAACAACAAAGGGUUUAUGCUGGAUGUUCUACGAUCGGUUACUCACACAGAAUUCAUCGUCACCACUGCAUCAGUUCGCCAUAACAUUCCAGAUGACGCGAAACUCUUGGUAUUCCGAGCAAACGAUGCCAGUCCAUCCAGGAGUUGACGUCUAUUUGAAGAAAAACGCUGAUGACAUUGUCGACUUGAUAGGACAACUCGAAAAUCCCCUACGAUUAUUGGAUAAGAGAGGAAUGCGCGUAAGGAUGCACAAGGAGGAACGAGCUGAUCUACGUCGGUCAUCGUGUGGCCAAACACUUGGUGAUGCCGUUUCCGUUGAUAAUCACAACUAUGCGAACAAUAGAACGAAUCUGCUUAUGUGUGUGAUAAUGGUUUCCAUACAAUACUGCAACUGUCAUCCCCUAAUUGCUGAAAUGAUACCAUACGAUAGAAUGAAUUACAGGCAUUUUUCAUACCGUGUCAACACAACACAAGUAUGUACAAUCGAUCAAUAUGAAAGCUGUGCAAGACGGUAUAUCGAUUUGACGCGGCCGUCUGCAUGGACCGAAGACAUACCGGCUUACAUUUUAGGAUCAGCUGAGCUAAAGCAGUGUCGGAGGCACAUUCAACCAGAUUUCGUUGCUCGAUUGGUAUUGGAGUACACUACGACUCGUGUCACUGAGGUGUUAGUAACAAAAGAUCCUAAUCUGUACGAAUUACUCAGUCAUAUUGGCUACAACUUAGCCACGUGGUUUGCCAUUGGCCACAUGAUCUGGAGCGUGUACCGAUUGAUUCGCGACACUGUUUGCUGUUCGAAUAAGGUCGCUCCCGAAUCGCCAAAAAGAGUGAUUUCGAUAUCAGAGCCACUAGAAGCUCAGGUAGUCGUCGAGACUAAGGAAAGCCCAAGCGAUGCCGAUGCCAGCUAA